ACGUAGUUGGGAACAGGAAGUUCCGGGUAGAAACGACAGAACUGUGUUGUUAUGUCGAUAGUGGUUGUUUCCGUUUCAAAUGUAUCAUUGUAGACCUUAAUCUGAGGCCAGUAACAUCAACAGUGAGGACAAACCCAGCCUGCCUCUCUCCUUCCACACUGAGUAGGAACCUACAGUCACUGGGUCCUGAUUGUGACAGUGGAGCCCAGUUUGCACUGCAGGAUCCAGAGAUGGCAUCAGUGAAACUGGAAGACUGCAGUCAAACACUGGAGCUGAAUGUCAACAUUAAAGAUGAAGAGGAAGAGGAGGAGAAGAUUAGGACAACUGUUAGUCACGGAUACCAUGUUGAGACAUUCUCCACAUCCAGAGAGCAACAGCAGGAAGAUCAGAGAGCUAAGAGGUCUCAUCACUGCCCACAUUGUGAAGAGAUUUUCCCAUUUCUAUCAAAGCUAAAAAUACACCUAAAAAUACACACAGGAGAGAAGCCUUACUCCUGCUCUGACUGUGGAAAAUGCUUCAAAACAUCAACGGUGCUAAAACGUCAUCAGAGAACACACACAGGAGAGAAGCCUUUCUUCUGCCCUGACUGUGGAACUCGUUUCUCUCGGCUUUCCCACUUAAAAUCACAUGAACGUAUACAUACAGGAGAGAAGCCUUUCUUCUGCUCUGACUGUGGGGCGAGUUUCUCUCAUCUGGGCACCUUAAAAACACACCAACUUAUACACACUGGUGAGAAGCCUUACUCCUGCUCUGACUGUGGGAAGAGUUUCUCUCACCAGAGCAACUUAAAAAAACACCAACUUAUACACACUGGUAAGAAGCCUUACUUCUGCUCUGACUGUGGAAAAUGCUUCAAAACAUCAACUGAGCUAAAAGUUCAUCGGAGAACACACACAGGAGACAAGCCGUAUUACUGCUCUGAGUGUGGAACUAGUUUCUCGCAACUUUCCAAUUUACAAUCACAUGAACGUAUACAUACAGGGGAGAAGCCAUACUCCUGCUCUGACUGUGGAAAACAUUUUAAAACAUCAAAUGAGCUAAAAGUUCACCAGAGAACACACACAGGAGAGAAGCCUUGGGUCUGCUCUAACUGUGGAACUAGUUUCUCUCAACUUUCCAGUUUACAAUCACAUGAACGUAUACAUACAGGAGAGAAGCCUUUCUUCUGCUCUGACUGUGGGGUGAGUUUCUCUCAGCUGGGCGCCUUAAAAAAAACACCAACGUAUACACACAGGAGCGAAGCCUUAUUCCUGCUCUGACUGUGGAAAAUGUUUUAAAACAUCAAAUGAGCUAAAAGUUCACCAGAGAACACACACAGGAGAGAAGCCUUGUGUCUCUGCUAAGCUAAAAGCUAAAAGUUCAUCAGAGAACACGUACAGGAGAAAAGCCUUACUCCUGCUCUGACUGUGGGGUGAGUUUCUCUUGACUGGAUACCUUAAACACACACCAACAUAUACAUAAAGGAGAGAAGCCAUACUCCUGCUCUGUUUGUGUAAAAUGCUUCAAAACAGCAACCGAGCUAAUAGUUCAUCAGAGAACACACUCAUGAGAGAAGCCUGCUUACGUCUGCUCUGACUUUUGGGUGAGUUUCUCUCACCAUAGCAACUUAACACACCAAUGUAGUCACACAGGAGAGAAGUCUUACUCCUGCUCUGUGGAAGGGUGGGCGUGUAACUCAAACUUCUAGCCAAAGGCUGCUGUGUUUAGAAUCUCAUCAAGGAGGACUGAAGCAUUUUAGCUAAUCAGCAACUUUGCAACUACUUACUACUUUUUAGCUAUUACUUAGUAUGUUAGCAUAUCAUACAUAUUACAAGUUCGUAACAUAUUGUAUGAAUAGCAAUGCAUAAAUAACGUAAGAAUUGUAAUUCGUAACAUACUAUACAUCCUUGAAGUCGUAUUAUACUGAACAAUUUAAACACAUACAUUUCAAGGAUUUAUAGUUUGUAUAAGGAAAUCAGUCAUUUUAAAUAAGAGGCCAUAAUCUAUGGAUAUCACAUGACUGGGCAGGGGCUCCGCCAUGGGUGGGACUUGGGAGGGCAUAGGCCCACUUGGGAGCCAGGCCCAUUCAAUCGGCAUGAGUUUUUCCCCACAAAAGGUCUUGAUUACAGACAGAAAUACUACUGAAUUGAGCUGAAUUUUGAGUCUCAGAGGAAAGGGUCUGUGUCACGAAUAUUACCGAAGGUGGCUCCUCUUCUUGUUCGGGUGGCGCUCGGCGGUCGUCGUCGCUGGUCUACUAGCUGCCACCGAUCCUUUGUCCCGUGUUCGUUUGGUUUUGUCUAAUUGGUUUCACCUGUUCAUUGUUUGGUUGUUAGGGUGGGGUUAUUUAAGUUCGUUUAGCUCGCUUCUGUUUGUGCGGGCUUGUUCUUCUGUAUUUGUGAGAGGUGUUAGUGUUUUGUUGGGUUUUCUCGCUGUCCUGGUAUUUUACCUAAGGGUACUAUUUUGUUUUUAUAGUUACUCCUGUUGGGUAUACUAUUUUGUUCCAUUGAUUUUGGACAUUAAAGCGUGUUUUUUCCCACA